AUGAUGCUGUCUCCUACCAACCUGGUUACUGGAAUCUCCGGUAGUAAAGUGAAAUACUUAAGGCUUUCCAGUACAGAUGAUGCCUACACAUUGGCCGUGAGUUUAAGAAAAAACACUCUUGAAAAAAGAAAAAACACUCUUAAGAUCCCAUACAAAACCAUUGCACUUACUACAGUGCUGUUUUUUAUGGGUGCCUUUUUCAUCAUAGGCUCCCUCCUUCUGGCUGUAUCAACAAAGGGCAGGCUGGACCAUUCGGUCCUGAUCAUUGGCGUCCUGGUGUUCCUGCCAGAAUUUUACCACCCGAGCAUCUCCUACUAUGUAUCCAAAGGCUACUGUGGUUACUCCUACCGAUGA